UGUUGCUUUUUCCUUUCUAACCUUCCUUGGCCCUUUGUGCUUCUUAGUUUUGGCGUUGUGCCCCUUAACCCCCCACCCAUUAUUUUGGUCGAUGACUGUCCAACAUGUACUUUAGGACCAAGGGAUCUGACUGGUGCUGUAGAUCUCAUAUGUCACUACAAGUUGUUGCCACAUCAUGAGUUUUUCUGUACGAGAUUACUUCCUUUAUCAAUUUCAGACACAUAUUUUCUUCACAAGGUGGUUGGAGACACAGAAAUCAGAAAGGAGAAGGGAUGCAAUUGGAUCAGCGUAUUCAGAACACAUCCUACUCCAGAGAUACUAACGUACAAAUACAACCAUUUGACCGGGAUAUUCUAAGAGAAUCCUUUCAAUUAAGGGAAACUGCUCCCAUUGAUUUGCCUCUUGUAAGAAAUCCAGCGCUUUGAAAUGUUUUUGUUGCUUUACAACAGUUCCUUAUAUUUGGAUGAGAAUCCCUGUUGUAUGGAUUGGUUCCCAGAGGCAGAGAAGGGUAUCCCUACAGUUGUAGGGAAAUCAAAAGUGAGUUCAAGGACAAGGAGAGGAAGCAUAAAAAGCACAAAGACAGAGAUAUGGAUAAGGAUAAAGAGCAUAAAAGGCACAAGCACUGUCAUAAAGAGCGAAGUAAAGAUAAAGACAAGGAGAAAUAGAAGGAUAGAAGUGGGCAUCAUGAUUCUAGUGCUGAUAACUCAAAGAAACACCAUGAAAAAGAAAAUGAAGCAUGAUGGAGAUGAAGAUCUUAAUGACAUUCACCGACACAAAAAGUAAGGUAAUACAUAAACAAGAAGCAUUAACAAUUUUAAUGAUUUUGUUUUAUGUUCAAUCCUAACUCAUUGUUUCUCAUAUGAAUUGCAUAAGCUUUCCCAUGAUUUCUUCAUCUAUACUUGAGCUUUCUGUAUUACUGCUAAUUUGUUGCUGCACAAGAGCUCCAAAAUUGAUGAAAUGGUUGUGAUAAAAAGUAGCCGGCUGAAAAGGUGGCAUACAAUACUUGGGUUCUUCUCAAAUUGUUGUUAGAGUUUGGAGGGAUCUUGUGCUUAAUAUUGUCAUAUUGCUUGAGGUAAAUGCCCUGCCAUAGUACUUGAUAUUUUUUUGGAUCAAUUCUUAUUUAGCAGCAUUCUUCACAAUUAUAUACCUAAUUUCCUGACAGUAUAGACUACACCUCAACUUCAUGUUUCAUUGAUGAUAAUUAGCCAUGUAAUCAACCUAACUAUUUGCCCUCCUUAAGGCCUAAACACAUCUAUACAAACCCAAUUUUCCAAUACUCAAAAUUACUUUGGAUUGGUCUUAUCAAAAUUACUUUGGAUUGGUCUUACUCCCUAGCCUUCUCUGUUGCAGCUAGCUCUAAUACCAGCCCCUAUCCGCUGAUAACCUCCAAUUACCAUUUAGAAUAUGGCCUGGACUCAAAAGUAUUGUCGUUGCAGUCCCUCAUUUGCUUAAGAACUAGUUAAAUAUGUAUCCGUGUAUGUGAGAUGUUCUUGUCUCAUUUUUUCCCUUGAGAAAGUUGUACUGACCUCCCUCUAGGUUUCUCAAAGUCACAAUGUUCCUUGUUUUGAAUACAUCAAUCACCUUCAAGAUACUAAUGUCCAUUAAAUUAGUAUUUAGUUAAAAUGUGUAGAAUACUAUUUGUUGUCUUUAAUGGUUAUGUAUUCAAGUGUAAAAUAUUCUGAGUGUAAUGGCUAUUUAUGUUUAGUAAUUGUGAAGUAUGUUUAGUAAUAGCUUAGAAACAUUGUCCAAUUACUGUGGAAGAGAUUUGGGUGUAGUUCUUUGAACAAAACAUUUUGAGAGGAAAAAGAAAGAGUUACUGCUUCUAAUUCAGAAAGAGAGUUUAUGUGAUGCAGAAGGUAUUUACACUGGUCCAAGAAGUAGUAGCUGCAUAUAGUUGGCCGGAUCCAGCCAAUGUAAAACAACUUGCUGGUUGAAAAUUGAAAUUGUAAAGUGAGAUUGUGUAUAUUUUUAAGACAUUUUUAUCCCAUAACCAUCCUGCUA